AUGUCAUUUCUCAAAAGCAUUGAAUACGGUGCUUAUGGUUUGGAAACUGAUGUGACAAUUAGCUUUGAUGGUAUCCCCUUCCUUAUGCAUGACCAGACUUUAAAAAGAACCACUGACAUUGCGGCUAUAUAUCCUGAGUUUAUGUAUGAAGACGCUGCCAUGUUCCCAUGGUCACAUCUGGAGAAACUGAACUCUGGAAAGUGGUUCUUUCAGAAAAAGCCGUUCUUUGGCAUGCCUGUGCUGUCACAAAAUGAUCGAAAAUGGGCAAUGGAUCAAAAAAUUUACAAGUUCCUUGAUUUUUUGAAACUUGCUGAAAAGAAGAAAAAAUAUGUGAUCUUUGAUAUUUACCGCCCUCCGAAGUAUCACCCUUACAGGAAUACCUACAUCCAAAGGCUCUUAGAAGUCCUUCAAACUGAAUCAAGGAUUACACCCAGUUUGGUCCUCUGGCUACACAAUCCAGGUAGACAUUAUAUACUGAAUAAAGCUCCUGGGUUCCAGCAGACAUCAGGUAAUGAAGAAAGCAUUCAGGAGCUCAAGUCAAAAAACAUUGUGAAACUCAACCUGGAUUACAGAAAUUUGGCCGAUAUCGAUGUUUGUAAAUAUAAAGCAGCCAACAUCACAAUUAACCUUUGGGUGGUCAGCGAACCGUGGCUUUUUUCCUUGGUCUGGUGCUAUGGAGUUCAUUCUGUAACCACAAAUGCUGUGCACACCCUUGGAAUGGUCCAUCAGCCUUACUUCCUAAUGACUCCCAUGGAAUACAGGAUUAUGUGGACCAUAAUAGAUCUGGUGGCUAUUAUUUUCAUCAGUUUCAUCUUCGGUAUCUUCCGGUGGAAAGCGCUGAGGAGUGGUGACCUUGUGGCUAAGAGCAGCACAACCCUUUUUGACAGUGACUCACACAACAAGUUAGAAACAAAAUCUGAUACAAUGGUGACGGUAGCCUAAAAGAGGGC